GUGGAAGAAUAAUUAGAAAAUUCUAAUAAAUGAAACAUAAGGAGAGAGAGCAUGUUGUAGGCCUGUAAGAAUGUGUUUGGUUUAAGAUUUUUAAAACAUAAGCAAGCAACUGCCCGGUGUCAUGAUUGGACGGACGGUGGGCGAGUAGUACGGAAUCCAUUGCGCCCAUAUUCAUGCCAUCAUCCUAAUUCCAAACAACUACUCUAUUUAUUUUUGUAGUAUAAACACUCUCCAAUUAAGGUCAUAAUAACUAGCUAUUCAUCUAAGCAUGUCAAAGUCAAUCAGUCGUAGUAAUGGUGGUAGUGGCGGUGGUGAUAGUUUUAGGACGGAGUUGCUGUCUCCUGCUGCUCAGUCUGUGGUCGAUCACUCCAUACCUUUGGGGUCGUCGAAUACAUGGAAAGUCAACACCAGCGAUUUCCAUCUUCCACAACACCGCUCUUAUGAUCAUCAAUCUUUCACUUUCCUUCGUCUACUUCGCGCUUUCAGGAAUCAGAAAAGAGUUGCUGAAUACUACAAAAAUCAACAAAGGCUGCUUGAAGGAUACAAUGAGAUGGACACAAUUAAUGAAUGUGGUUAUUUACCUGGAAGUCUUACCGAGGAUGAAAUGAAGAAACUAGCUAAGGGUGAAAGCAUGGCGAUUUAUGUGUCAAACGCGGCAAAUAUGGUUCUUUUCAUUGCUAAAGUCUACGCUUCUGUUGACAGCAGAUCGUUGGCUGUAAUUGCGUCGACCUUAGACUCCCUAUUAGACCUCUUAUCUGGAUUUAUUCUGUGGUUCACUUCUCAUGCAAUGAAAACACCAAAUCAGUACCGCUAUCCAAUUGGAAAGAAGAGAAUGCAGCCAGUGGGUUUAGUUGUCUUUGCAUCCGUAAUGGCGACCUUAGGACUACAAAUAUUGUUCGAGUCCGGUAGACAACUCAUAACUAAGUCUCAUCCUGAUAGGGACCAUGAAAAGGAAAAAUGGAUGAUUGGAAUUAUGGCUUCUGUCACUGUGAUAAAGUUUGUGCUUAUGGUCUAUUGCCGAAGAUUCAAAAAUGAAAUCAUAAAGGCCUAUGCUCAAGACCAUUUCUUUGAUGUAAUUACCAAUUCAAUCGGAUUAGCGACAGCAGUCUUAGCCAUCCAAUUCUACUGGUGGAUUGAUCCUACUGGAGCUAUCAUUAUAGCGAUCUACACAAUGGGCACGUGGGCAAGGACGGUGCUGGAAAAUGUGUGGUCACUUAUUGGAAGAACAGCUCCACCAGAUUUUCUUGCAAAGUUGACCUAUCUAGUAUGGAAUCACCAUGAAAGGAUCAAACACAUUGACACAGUUAGAGCAUAUACUUUUGGGACACAUUAUUUUGUGGAGGUUGAUAUAGUGCUGCCUGAGGAUAUGUUUCUGAACCAGGCCCAUAAUAUUGGUGAAACACUGCAGGAAAAGCUGGAGCAACUUGUUGAAGUUGAGCGAGCUUUCGUCCAUAUAGACUUUGACAUCACUCACAAGCUAGAACAUAAGACUAUGAUCAAAUCAAACUAACAUUUAUAUAUAUCUGUGGUGGUUGGCUGGAGUAAUUUUCAAAAUAACAUCUGCUUAACUCCUACUUACCAUAGUUUUUUUUGUUCAUUAUUCGCCAUAUUGGAUUGGUGGAGCUUUAUCAUCCGUGCAAGUUGAGAGCUUUAUCGUGUUUAUGUGUCCUUCACCUCUA